CGGCGAUGGCGGCGGACGGGGACUGGCAGGAUUUCUAUGAGUUCCAGGAGCCGGCCCUGAGCCUCCAGGACCAGCAGAACUGUAACGCGAGCCCCGAGGCCGAAGCAGGGCCGGGCGGGGGAGGCGACGGCUUCCCAGCGCUGGCCUGCAGCUUGGAGGAAAAGCUGAGCCUGUGUUUCCGUCCCUUGGGUCCGGGUGCCGAGCCCCCCAGGGCGGCCGUGCGGCCCAUCACCGAGUGCAGCCUCCUGCAGGGGGACGAGAUUUGGAAUGCCCUGACAGAUAAUUACGGAAAUGUAAUGCCUGUAGACUGGAAGUCAUCCCAUACUAGGACCUUGCAUUUGCUUACUCUGAACCUCUCAGAAAAAAGGACGAGUGACAACUUGCUCUUUGAUACCUCAGACGAUGAGGAGCUGAGAGAACAGCUGGAUAUGCAUUCAAUCAUCGUCUCCUGCGUUAACGACGAGCCCCUCUUCACGGCAGACCAGGUGAUUGAAGAAAUCGAAGAAAUGAUGCAAGAGUCACCAGACCCAGAAGAUGAUGAAACACCCACCCAGUCAGAUCGGCUUUCAAUGCUUUCCCAGGAAAUUCAAACUCUUAAGAGGUCUAGUACAAGCAGUUAUGAAGAGAGAGUGAAAAGGCUGUCCGUAUCUGAAUUAAAUGAACUGCUGGAAGAAAUCGAGACGGCCAUCAAGGAGUACUCUGAAGAGCUGGUGCAGCAGCUGGCCCUGCGAGAUGAACUGGAGUUUGAAAAGGAAGUGAAGAACAGCUUUAUUUCAGUUCUCAUUGAAGUGCAGAACAAACAGAAAGAGCACAAAGAAACAGCCAAAAAGAAAAAGAAACUCAAGAACAGCAGCUCUCAGAAUGGGAAGAACGAGAGAAGUCACCUGCCUGGCACACGCUUCAGCAUGGAAGGGAUCUCAAAUGUCAUUCAGAAUGGCCUCCGCCACACCUUUGGAAAUUCAGGUGGAGAGAAACAGUACUUGACAACAGUCAUUCCUUACGAGAAGAAAAAUGGACCACCAUCUAUUGAAGAUCUUCAAAUAUUAACAAAAAUUCUUCGUGCCAUGAAAGAGGAUAGUGAAAAAGUUCCGAGUUUGUUAACUGAUUAUAUACUGAAAGUUCUGUGUCCUACAUAGGGCAGCAUAACUUCAGGAACAGCUUUAUCUUCCGUGGACAGCAAACUAAAUUGCUUAUAGCAUUAUUCUGAAAGCUGGCUACCAUUACCUUCCUGCUAUUGGAAACUCAGGACACCUGAACUUGGGUUUGUGAUUCAGUAUUACUAGAUCAUGCCUUCUCUAAUGCUUUAUAUUACGAACCGAGGGAACUAUGGCACUAUUUUGAAUUCUAGAGAUGGUUUUUUGUUAAAUACUAACAAUUAUGAACUCUUCUCUUUUCCAGCUUUAUAGAGUAAGGGGGAGUGAUGUUAAUUGUGCACGUGCAGUUAUAUUUUUCAUGCCUGUUUGAGUUUUUAAGGCUUUCUAGAUCUAAACUGCACUCACUCAAGAACUAGAUCAAAGCACUGAGAGAUUUAUACUCGUUAUUUUUCAGUGCUGGCAAGAACCAACACUGAUUUUUUUGUAAGAGAAUUGUCAGUGUAAAUAUUACCUACCAGUAUUGUCCAGAGAGACUAAGACUUAAAAAUUGAGGUGUUCUUGGAAGAAGGGAAAGCAGAAUAUGCGUUGUCUUGGCUUAAUACUUAGUCAAUAUCUUAACAGCUGGAGAUGACUGAUUUUAGAGGUUGCUGGGUUUCACCAUUAUUCAUAUUUUAACCAUUAAGAUGCCAUUUACUUUCAGAAUCUUGUAUUGUUUAACUUUAGAGGUUUCAAUGCUUCAUUUCACUUGUCUGUGAAGAAGUGUCCUUUAAAAGGAGUUUGUAUCCUUUGAGGUGCUUAAGAAACUGUAUGCUGCAGCAUUGCCCAUUUCCUGUUACUGUUAUAUUUUAUUCAUGCCUAUGUGUUUUCCUAAAGUACUAAUUCUAGAAACAGCUACUCAUGGAUCCAUCACUAGUCAUGAAAAACUUUUGCCAGUUCCAAUCAAGUCAAU